CAAAAAAUUAUAGUACGCUUUUAAACAUUUAUAAUAUAAUUAUUUGUAUUUGGAUAAAAUGGAGAAGGUCUAUAUCAUUGCAUUGGUGAUUUCCCUUUUUGUCCAUCUGAAAGAUCUCUUCAAUCCCAUCGAGCCCACCAUGGAGUCGACUGUGUUCAUAUUCCUCACCAUGAUGGCUUUCAAAAAAAUCAUGCGCCGAAAUUCGGGAUACAAUGCAAAUGUUCUGGAGAAGAUGGCGCAGAUUCUGAUCCUCUGCAUGGGGGUCCAAGUCCUUUUGGUCGCAGCGUGGUUUCCCCUCAGCGAAUCUGUUCAUCACCUCGUUGAAAUGGCAUGCCAUCGUUGGCCCUGGGGACGAGGCUGGAUGUUCAAGCAAGUUAAGGAUGUGGGGGCGUCGUGGAUCCUAGUGGCUUUGGAGUUGGUUGCUUUCUUCCUGGGCUUCAAGAUGAAGGGUGUGCAGCAGUUUUUCGGUGCAAGGGAUGACUUAAUCUCAAGGAGUGUCAUGACGAUCAUUGGAGAACAGUACCAAAGGGUUUGGAACCGGGAGAAGCGAUAUCUGCGCAACUGCUAUAGGACCCUCCUAGAACAAGGACAAGGAUAACCACACACUUGAAGAAAUUGAGUCACGUCAAGACUAGUUUACCAGAAACCAUUUUGUAAAAGCGUUUAAACCAGAAACUUUAAAAUAAAAAUACAUCCGAUAUGUAUAACUUAUAUCGCUGAAAA